AAAUUUUGCAGCCUCAUAAGUCAUACCUAAUGGCCUUACACAACCAUGGCUUUGAAUUUCAGCUCUGUUCAGCCUCUGCAACCAAAACAUCUCUGCUUUCUCAUUCCUACCCAUAAAAAUGAUCCCCUGAAGCUGUAUCAGUCUCAAACUUUGCUAUCUUCUUCCUUGAGAAGAGCUGCUCUUUCUGAAGAGAGAGAUGGAAAUGUCACUGAGGAGGAGCUUCCCACUUACUCUGGGUCAUUAUCUUCUGCUCGAACGCAGCUAGAUCUCUUGGAUCAGCUUACUUCCAGCAGCUCAGCAGUUAAUGGUUAUGAAAGUGAUAGUAGCUCUAGUAAACCUACAAUUCGUGCUCAGCUCGCUAAGUUGGUUGGAGAUCGAGAUGAUGACUUCAGCAUUCCCUUGGGUAAGAAUCUUAAGAAGGUCAGCGCCAAGUUCUUAACUGUUUCACAAAAGAGAAACAUCAAAAGACAAGCCUACUUGAAUGAAGUUUCUCAGAGGAAUGACUCAGUAUUCUUUGCUACAAUUGGAGCAUUCGUCAUCCUUCCACCCCUUGUCAUUUUAGGAAUUGCAAUUGCGACAGGUUAUGUGCAGCUAUUUCCAUGACUUGUAUAAAUACUUUGUAUAAAGAUCCACUGUUUCUGUUGCUAAUAUAGUGAAACUAUAUAAAUUUGUGAAAGUCCUGCUAAUUCUCGAGA